AUGGGGAGAGAUGAAACUUUGAGGAAAUGGAUUAAUAAUAUGGUUAGCAAGGAUGUUCAAGAAUCUUGGGAGGAACAAGCUUGUAGUGGUAGUCCUAUUGGAGCAGGUGAUGGUUGUGGACACACAGUUCUGGGGCCUGAAAGUGGAACUCUUACUUCAAUAAACUACCCCCAGACUUAUCCUAACAGCACAGUGUGUGAGUGGGAGAUCCGUGUAAAAUCUGGACAGAGAGUUCAGCUCAAAUUUGGUGAUUUUGAUAUUGAAGAUUCAGAUGCUUGCCAUUUCAAUUAUUUGAGAGUUUAUAAUGGAAUUGGACCUACCAGGACAGAGAUAGGAAAAUACUGUGGUCUGGGCUUUCCAAUGGACAGUUUAAUCGAGUCAAAAAGUAAUGAAGUCACAGUACAGUUCAUGAGCGGGACACACAUUUCUGGUCGUGGAUUUCUUGCCUCAUAUUCAACCACUGAAAAAUCAGACCUAAUAACCUGUUUAGAUAAUGCAAGUCACUUUUCUGAACCAGAAUUCAAUAAGUACUGUCCAGCUGGAUGUGUGAUUCCUUUUGCUGAUAUUUCUGGCACUAUUCCUCAUGGAUACAGAGAUUCGUCUUCACUGUGCAUGGCUGGUGUGCAUGCAGGAGUGGUGUCCAAUAUUCUGGGGGGCCAAAUCAGUGUUGUAAUCAGCAAAGGCAUUCCAUAUUAUGAAAGCUCUUUGGCUAACAAUGUCACCUCAAAAGUAGGACAAUUAUCUUCAAGUCUCUUCACAUUUAAGACUAGUGGUUGCUAUGGGACACUGGGAAUGGAAUCUGGAGUAAUCCCUGAUUCUCAAAUUACUGCAUCAUCAAGUCUAGAGUGGCCUGACCAAACAGGCCUGGUAAACAUCUGGACCCCUGAAAGAGCCAGAUUGAAAAGGGUUGGACCUCCUUGGGCUGCUUUUGCCACUGAUGGAUAUCAGUGGUUACAAAUAGACCUGAAUAAAGAAAAGAAAAUAACAGGUAUUAUAACUACUGGAUCCACCAUAGCUGAGUACUACUAUUACAUCUCUGCCUACCGAAUUCUAUACAGUGAUGAUGCACAGAAAUGGACAGUAUACAGAGAACCUGGUGUUGAUCAGGAUAAGAUAUUUCAAGGAAACACUGAAUAUCAUCAGGAAGUUCGCAAUAACUUCAUCCCACCCAUUAUUGCACGUUUUGUUAGGGUUAAUCCCUUAAAAUGGCAUCAGAAAAUUGCAAUGAAAGUGGAACUGCUAGGAUGUCAGUUUAGCAUAGUUCGGGCUCCAAAAUUUACACUACCACCGACAUCACAAAGUAGCAACGACUUCUCCAUCCAGACUGAUAAAACAACCUCCAGUCCUGAGAUCAAAAACACUACUGUGACUCCAAGUGUAACCAAAGAUGUGGCACUGGCAGCAGUCCUGGUUCCAGUUUUGGUGAUGGUCUUCACUUCUUUCAUUCUGAUCUUAGUGUGUGCGUGGCACUGGAGAAACCGGAAGAAGAAAGCUGAAGGAACAUAUGACUUGCCUUACUGGGAUCGUGCAGGAUGGUGGAAAGGCAUGAAGCAGUUUCUCCCUGCCAAGUCAGCAGAGCAUGAAGAUACCCCUGUUCGCUAUAGCAGCAGCGAAAUUAGUCACCUGAGAGCAAGAGAAGUCCCAGCCAUCUUACAGACAGAGGAGUCUACAGAGUAUGCUCAACCACUGGUAGGAGGAAUUGUUGGCACACUUCAUCCAAGAUCUACCUUUAAACCAGAAGAAGGAAAAGAAGCAAGCUAUGCUGAUGUGGAUCCUUACAACUCACCUGUACAAGAGGUUUAUCAUGCUUAUGCUGAACCACUGCCUGUCACUGGACCAGAAUAUGCAACCCCAAUAAUAAUGGACAUGUCAGGUCAUCCCACUGCACCUCUUGGUGUCUCUUCUAUUUCUACUUUCAAGGCUACAGGGAACCAAGCUCCUCCCAUAAUGGGAACUUGCAAUAAAGUUACAGGUAGGACAGAUAGCUCAUCAUCUGCACAUGCAUUGUAUGAUACACCAAAGGGGAUGCCUGGACCAGGUUCUGUAGAUGAAUUAGUGUACCAGGUACCACAGAGUAUAUCUCAUUUCACAGGAAGUUGAGGAGAACUGAGGUAAGUAAUGAAUGAGCUUGGGGUAGCAAAUGUGGGUUCUUAAAACAAAAUUCAUUGAAGGUGACGGGAUCAUGUCAGCUUGCAAUCACAUUGAAUUUUUGUAUUAUUAAGUUGUAAUAUGGAGUUAAACAAAAUGUGAUAUAUCUAAGGUCUAGGAAACUAACAAUUCUGCCAUUUUGUGAAGGUAUAUACAUAUGAUUAAUGCUUGCCUGUUGAGAAAUCAUGAGAAUCCAAUUGACUACUGUAAAUGAGGAGCAUGCUCUAAGAUGAACUUCAGAGAUUGAUAGUGGAAAUACUGCCAUGCUGAAUGAAGAGGAAUGAUACAUUUUCUAUAACCUAAGCGCCAAACAUUUAGACAAUGCUGAAGGUACUGUUCCUGAAAUCCACAACUAAGAACUGAGGAACUGCACCCAUCUUCCCUAGAAGAAAACGUCAAAAAUUCUUACGGAAGUUUCUGGGACUGUUCCUGUUAACUGAACUACAGGACAAAAGUCCCACCACCAACUGUAUUGGAAACAGGAUUUAGCACAAGUGUUAUGCCUUUUGUGUGACUGGCAAUCGAGUUGCUGAAAAUCUCUAGGUGAGUGACUUCUGAAGGAACAAUUUUUUAAUGUUAUCUUUGCCACGUAUUCCAAGUCUCAUUGAUUUUUAAGGUCAGAAGGGACCACCAGGAUCAUCUAGUCUAACCUCCUGGCACAUUACAGGCCACAGAACCGCACCCCUGCUCUUUUCUAGGGAUAGGUUCCUCUCUGUACAAAGACUUGACUCUCUUCUAAACAGCAACUACAUUAUGAUUAGUGUCCUUAAUAAUUGUUACUUGUGAGUUUAUUGCUAGGAAGUGAGACUACUGAAUUAUCCUAAUUGAAGCCUCUGAUGUUCCCAGUUGCCUCUGCCAUGUGGCUGACAAUUUAGUUAUUCAAAGAAAUUGCAGGUUUAUUUGAGACUAAUCUUUUUAAAAACUCAUAGUGGGUUAAAUCAGUAGGAAAGUAUUGCUGAGAGAGGACAGACUUUCAGACUUGUGCACAAAAAUGCCCAAUGAAAGCACAUACAUGAGUGAAAGUUUGUGCAUAUGGUUUAUUUGCAAGUGCACUGUAAGCAGGUAUGUUUUGGCACAGGUGCACUUGAAAAUUGGGUCCUCGUGACCCUUCACUAGAAUGAAGGGUAAAAAUAAAUUUUAAGAAUCAAGAUUUUUUGUGUGCGCAACAGGUCAGAAGCCACUAUGUAACUCAUGGGAUUUGUCAUAUACUGGAUUGUUUCUACUUUACCUGUAUUUUAUAAUAAAAGCUGUGCUCAAUUUCAUAUUAAGAGAAACAAUUUUCUAAAAAGAGAUUAGGUCAAAGACAUGUAGGGUAGAUUAGAAAACUCCAUAGUUUUGUCAAAUGAAAAUUAAACCUUCUCUAAAUGCUGUUUGAAGAUGGCAAAUACUGUGACAAAUUAUUUUAAAUCACUUGUCUUGUGGAAACAAAGCACAGCUUGUUAUGAGUAAUGAAAAACAGCUUUAUUUUAAUAAUAUAAUAGCACUGUUGGGAAGAUAAACAAUAAUUUAUAAAUAAGUGACAUCCUUGACUACACAGUAGCCCAGUUUUAUGGACUUUAAUGUUAGAAUGUUUCCUAUAUACAUAUUUCAAAGGAGCCUUGCUUUUUGUCCAAGGACUGUAUAAAUGGAUACAAACUAGUGACUGUGCCACUCCCCAGUGUUAGAAAAUUUUAUUCUUGCUGCAAAUCAAAAAGAUUUACUGACUUUUCCCUUGCUAUUUAGUUUUUAUAAAAUGUGAUACGUAAUUUAU